AUGAUUUGCUUCUUAGCUUGGAUAUCAUUCUCCCCGAACCCGACACGUUCGGCUCCCAGAGCCGGACUGUUCAGCUUCCAAGCCUUCAUAGGGCUGCCAGUCUUACAUAAGGAUACCGACGACAAGCGGGAAACGGCCUGCUUUUUUCGCCACCCCCGUACACAGUUCGCCGUCAUCCGUUUUGAAAUUUCCCACUUUGCUCGUAUAGGACAAGCUGCGUUUAUCGACGGGUCAAGUACCAAGGAACUCAAGAGGCAAUUAAAGAACGGCGGGGAGAAGGAAGAAGAAAAAAUCGAAAAAAGGACUCACCAAGAAAAAACCGCAUCGCUGGGGACUCUCCCUAUUACGCCGAUAGCUUCUGCUGCUGCUUCUUCUUCAACGGACAGAGACGGACAGAGACAGACGGCCUGUCUCUGCACACAGCCCCGGGUCCAGUCCAGUCCAAACCAGCCCGCUGAGCUGGCGCCGGCGCGCACCCUAGUCCAUAUACUCAUCAUCACCACAUUCCGCUGCCUUGGCUUGGCGUUUCUUUCAGGUAACCUCAACUCACUCUAUCUCACCUGCCUCAAGCUUCCUGCCUACUUCCCGGCAGCCGUUGGCUCUGCGCUGCUUCCCGCUCAAGUUCCACCAAUCCUCCUCAUCUCAAUCUCACUUACACACGCCUCGUGCCUCACGCCUCACGCCUCACACUUCACACCUCACACCUCACACUUCACACCUCACACCUCACACUUUACACCCAAAAGGGGGACCCUGCCCUGCCCUGGCCCUCCUUCCUUGCCUUGCCUUGCCUUGCCUUUCUCUCACUUAUCCAUCCAUUCACUCACUCAUCCUCUCUAUCUGUACUGCGUACCUUCCACAGUACUCCAUACUGAGCUCCCUCCCUUCCCGACGAACGAAAAAAGAAGGACGCCGGGUCCCCUCUCCCACCCCCGGCCCCAUCCGUUUAGUGGAACUCCCCUCCGCCCUUGCUGCACCGCAUCUUUGCUUUCCAUUGCGGUCCUGCACUGCAUUUUCCCAGCCGUCUACCGCACACACACACACACUCUCACACUCACACUCACAUACCAUACCUUCCUUCCACACUUCCACACACCUCGCCUCGCGCUGGGCUGCCUUACCGCUCACUUGCUUCACACUAGCAUCCCAACCCGCCUCUCGCCCUCUCUCUCUCUCUCUCAAUCUCACUCUCACUCAUUGACUUGGUUCCUAAAGGCUCAUUCCGGGUCUCACAUCCAGAGGUACGGUACUCUUUCUCACUCUCUCUAUUUCACUCACCUCACUUUCAUACCGACACACGACAUAACCAAUUUGGGACUUUGCGGCUUUGCGGUGGGAACUCGGCACCCGCUUGCCCCUGUCAUUGGGCAAUUGGCCCGUAAACUCGCCUCUGCAGCUGCACCCGCCGUCCGCUCUUGUUUCCCUCUUCUCUCCUCCUCUCUCCCCGUCCCGUCCCCCAAGCAGUCCGUCCCAUCUCCAUCACUUUCACUUACCUACCAACCCACCAACCCUGCCUUACUCUACAUUUCCCAGCCAGCCCCCGUCCUGUGGCCCCGACCACGUCCCCCGUUUCCCCCCGUACAAAUCCUGAACGAAACCCCGAUUCCAACCCUCCUCCUCUCCCCCCGUCUUUUCUUGGCUCUCCGGCCUCAUUCACUCCUCCCCCCCUUCGAUCAACAAAAUCUCUCGUCCCUCUUUCGUUCGAAAGCUUGCUUGCUCCAUCCCAAGCCCCUCCAACUCUCAUCUGUUCUGUUACCUGAGGCAUUCCCUCCUCACUUCACUGGGGCCCUGUCUGCUGGGUUGCCACCACCUCAAAAGGUGCUGCUCCGCCAUGAACUAACCAACUCCUAG